CAUUACCGGAGUCCUGUCACAAUCGUCGUAGCGUCACGAUCGGGAUUUCUCUUAAGCCGGUCAACGUCGACGUUCAAGCCCGCCGGGCAGAAGUCAAAGUCAGGCGCUGAUUGGUUCAAAGCCGUGUGGCUUCCCGCACCGGAUACCCGCUCCCCUCCCUCCCUCUCUUUCCGACGGACUGAAACUCAAGACAAGCUUCCGAUGAUCGCUCCGCCGCGUUCCGCCGUCCCCCUCCUCCUCUCGCUCCUCGCCCUCACCGCCUCCGCCCAUGGUGCCGACCCUCUCUACCACGUCUGUGGGACCAACGGCAACUUCACCGCCAACGGCACCUAUGGGGACAACCUCAACGCCCUCCUCACCUCCGUCGUCGUCGCCGCCGCCGCCGCGGACGACUACGGGUUCUACAACCUCUCCGCCGGCGGCGGGAGCGCCGAUUCCGUCAACGCCAUCGCCCUCUGCCGGGGCGACGUCGGGGCCGCCAACUGCCGGAGCUGCCUGAAAGACUCCGCCGCCGAGAUCGCCGGCCGGUGCCCGGUGCAGAAGGAGGCGAUCAUCUGGUACGACAACUGCAUGCUCCGGUACUCGAACCGCUCCAUUUUUCGGACCAAGGAGGACUCGCCCGGCUACUACAUGUGGAACCUCAACAACGUCACCAACAACGUCGAUCAGUUCAAUCAGGUUUUGAGAAAUCUGAUGGAUGAUUUGAGAGAUCGAGCUGUGAGUGGCAAUUCGACGAGGAAAUUUGCGGUUGGAAACGCUACCGCUCCAAACUUCCAAACUCUGUUUGGACUUGUGCAGUGCACUCCAGACUUGUCGCAGCAACAAUGCGACGAUUGUCUAGUGGGAACCAUUGGACAAACUCCUCGGCGUUGUAAUCAGAAACAAAGAGGAAGGGUUAUUAUUCCCCGUUGCAAUAUCAGGUUUGAAGUAGGCCGCUUUUUUUAUCCUUCGGUUUAUGAGACGUCACCAUCACCACCGCAAUCGCCAGUUUCUCCUCCACCUCCUCCAACGAAUAACCCACCCGCUAAAGGAAAGGAUACUAACUCAGGUCGUAUUGCCCUCAUUAUCACAAUCCCAGCUGUUGGAUUGUCUCUUUUAGUUGCUGGAAUAUUGUGCAUCUGUUUGAGGUCAAGAAGAUUGAAGAAAAAUUUCGAAAGUAAGUUCUCAUUACUUUUGGGUGACUGAUUUUCAUAAAAUACUGGGUGAAUACAACCUAUGUGAAACAGAUUAGCAGCCAAUAGGUUAAGCCUUGAUGCUCCGAAGCUAGUAACUUUCCAGAAAUUCAGAGGUCGGUGAUUUCUGACUGAAUGAGGAAAGAUUCAGUAAGGGCUAUAGAUAUCAAAGUUCCCAGAUUGCUCUGGAAAAUCUUUUAUUGCUAGCAUCACCUAGAGGCUAAAUUUUCCUUAGAAUGGAUUAUCUGUUAAAUAAGAAUGUUAA